AGAUGAGGCACAGAUGCUAAGAGCACUAACACAUAACAGAAAUUGUUCUCUCCGUGAACCUUAAAUAGCAAAGAGCAACUAUGCUGAACAGCCACGUCCACCAGCAGGCUUUCUCCCAGCGUCUCACCCCCCCUGGAGCACAGAAGCUUGUAACUUGGUUGCAUUUCCCACCUCAGAGAACCCAGCCGGAAUUACAAGCAGCAGACACGCCCAGCCUAUUUGCUAAGACCGAAGAUACAUGUAAUUACAUUUGCAAUUAAGUUUGAGUCUCGCUACAGGAAACCAGAGGCACUUUCUACAGAUCACAGUGAUGUUAUUGCCACACUUUGCAAGUUUUCAUAACGUAUACAACACACUGCUCUGAAACUCACUUCUCACUGACCCACUUUCCACCAAGAAAGUUCAUCUUUAUUUAUCUGCACUUUCUGCUUUCCCUUGCUCACUUGCAGGAAUGCUGCCUGCAUGCUAAUGCAAAUGGGGGGAGCCAGGGAACUAGUGGCAACACCAUCAACUCCAGAUCAGGGCCAAGCUCGUCCCCUGCUUACGGGGCUUCGUGGCAACCCAUUCAGGCGCCAGGGAGAAGGAGCACCCAGCCACCCUCAGAUGACUCUCGCUGGCUGACUCACAGCUCAGUGCUGAUGGGCUCCCGGGGGAUAACAGAGUUUAGCAGCAUCGCUCCAGGGGAGGCUCUUUAGGCUGGUCAGAAGGAAUGAGGAAUAUUUCUGAUGACUUUUCCUGCAGUCUCUCUGCCUCAUGGUGCCUUUUUAUGUGGGGCAAGACCUGGACUCUCAACGAACCACAGUAAGAGACAACCAGGGGCUCCAGAGCAGCAUGCAGCAGUGCAGUUUCCCCAGCAUAACCAUGAGCCAUCUUGUCAUCAAAUCCAGCUCCGCACUGGCUACUCUCUCUCUCAGAACAGAAACCCCAUGAAAACAAACAAACUCAUACAGCACCAAAAGCAGGAGAGGCCCCCCACAGCACACCAGAAUAGUUCAGCGAGAACAUGUGAGCCUUGCCAUUAGGCUCAGCUGUGGCGCUGACCCUGAGUGCUCACCUGGCCACUAUCUCAGCUGCUACCAAGGCAGGGCUGCCAUUCAGUCCUCCCAGAGGCAGCCAGGAUGGGAGAUCACUCCUUGCCUAAGAGCUGGAUACAGCAGGGCAAGCUCCCCCAAAAGCUGAGAAAGAUCCCAAGGAAGCAGGAACUGCAAGUGAGCGUGGAAGCAGGGAAGCCAGCACAAAGCCAACCAGCAAGCCGUGCUAUCAGAGUGCAGCCAGCAAACACCUCAGGGCUUCAGCCCUGCAGGCCCGUGUCCCAGCCAUCUGCCAGCCUCACUGGCUGCAGGGGCAGGCUAAGCUCAGACCCCCCUACACUCUGCAGAUCAGCGCGUGCCUGAAUUCUUCAUACACCCAUGACCAGAAACCGGUUCCACGUGCUCCUGGCAAAGAAGCGACACGUGUUGCUGGUCCAACAAACGACAGCCACAAGUGUCAGCCAAGCCAAAAUCAAAAGCACCUCAACUCUAACCUUUAGGGGUUUUUGUUGCUGUUGUUGUGUUUCUUUUUUAACACCUCCCAUCCCAGAUCAUCGAUACAGACUGCUGCUAGGAUGGUUACCACAGUUCUCUGUGACCCCACAAUUCCACUGUAAGGUUUGUCUUACAGCAGAUGACUCCACACCAUCCUAACCCACAACCUGAUAGCGCUGCAGAAAGGUGCCCGCAGCCCAGCGGGAUGAACACAUCAGAACACACCGCACCGAUACUACCGAGCAACAAACGGUCGGUGUCCAUCCUCUCGGAGUAUUUUCGUCCUGUCCAAGGUGACAUCCCCCUCACGUAACAGAUCCUCUGCAGCACCGAAUACACACUUCUACGUGCUUCAUGAGCACCUCAGGGUCACACUGUGAGGAGCCCGUGGGCUGCGUGCCGGCUGUCUGCAGGCUGACAGAAGGACUCCCCUGCAGGCUCCGCAUUCGUGCCGGCACGGCCUUCUUGGGCUGUUUGCGACAGGCACGGCCAGACACAGUUGCCCAACGCAGGCAGCGCACCCAACACCGUAACAACGCCACAGCUCUGUGCACUCCCCCUCCAGGGGAGCCCUCAGCCAGGAGGGAACAGAGCGGGGGGAGCUCCAAAAUCCAAACCACCGUCCAGCGCCCGAACAUCCGCAGGCGGAAGACACGUGGCAGGUCCAGAUCCAGGCUGCGCAGCAGUUCAUCGGCCUACUUUGCAGCCCUGACGGUGGAGCAGAAAUGUGAGCUGGCUGAGAGGGAGAUGCUGGACGUGAAGAGUGACAUUCAGAAGAUGGAGGAGGACUCGGUGAAGACCUUGCAUGACCUCGAGGCAGUCAUACAAGAAGCAGAUGCUUGGUGGGCUGAUGUGAAGAAAGUUGUCAGUGACUUUGAGGAAGACAUUGUCAGAACCAUCUCCAACAAGAAAGGGAGCAUCACAGCUUCUGAGAAGCUGCUGAGAUACCUGGAGGAGAAGAACCACCAGAGGGAUCUGAUGAGACAGAAGCUGCGCUUAGAAAGCAAUUUGCUCAGGAGCUACAAGAAGAAGCUGCAGCAGCAGCUCAGGCAGAAGGAGCACGUGGGAGAGGUGUUCCAUGAGGUCCAUGCAGAGCUGCUGCAGGUUAAGAAAGCACAGUGCGAGGAGGAGAUUGAUGAGAAGAACAAGGAGCUGCAGCAGUUAAAACUGGCCUUAGAGAAGAUCCAGGUCAUCAACUUCUGGAAGAAAAAGCUGCACAAUGCCAUGGAAACAUCGACAGUUCUGAUGAAAGACAUCUCCCAGAGGAAAGAGAUGCUGGAGAAGAUUGAAAUAAAUACUACUCUUGUGAAGGAGCAACAAGCCAAAGAGGAGAGUCUCAUUGGGUGGCUGCAAAAGCAGCUGUCAGACUACAGCACCCCUCCUGUGAUGAGUUACAUGCAGACAGUGAUGGCUGUCGCUGACCUGGAAAAGAGUAUCAAGGCUUGGGAGAGGAGGGUGGCAAUCGCUGAGAACAGAGGCUGAAUUUUAACAACUGAGCUUGGAGGUGAGGAUGCAGCAUGUAACUUGACAGGCUGCACCAUCAGGCUGGGCUCAUGAUGGAACCCAAAGGGCGUGUAAGGAGAAGGGGACACACGGUGCCUGGGACGUGUCUGGCUGCAGCACCCCAGCCAGCCGCUGGCUCCCCAGUGCUGGUGGUCCUCUUUGAUGAUCUCAAACAUUUCUUCCUCGUCUGUAUCUUGACUGUUCCCUGGUAAGGAAUGGCUCUAUCUGGCCAAGAGCUGACAAACAUGAGUUCAUGGCAAAGUUGCAAGAACAGCAUCUUUGUCUCUGGCCCUGGCACAACUCCUGCAGCCUGGCAGAUGUAGAGAUAAGAGCAGCAUUGUCAAAGCCCAAGUGCUGCAGCGAGCACUGAGUGCAGGUGGGAGCAGGGUGGGUGCAGGGGAAUGCCAUACUGCAGCUUUCUUCACAACAUAUCGCUGCUGACUGAACGCAUUAAGAUCUUCUCUUUUCCUCCCUUGCAGAUGACCUUGCAAAGUUACCACAGAGCAUGGAACCAAGUCAGGAUGUCUGGUAACCUGCACCUGCCUUGUGUGAUGCUUCACGGCAAGCAGUAGAAGCUGCCGAGGGCACCAGCCUUGUCAGGAAAUGUGCUGUCAAAUGGGUAACUGCACCCUGAGAGGUGCAGGGGGGUGAAACCACUUGUACAUGAAAUGAUGAAGUAAGCACAGCUCUGUUGUGAGGCCUUCUCUUUGGUCAGUCCCAACAAGUUGCUCUAGGAGGUGGGAAGCAUCUCCUCACUGCAGGAGAUGUAAAUCCCAAGUGGCCCAUCCUUAGAUGAGUUCAGGGAUUCGCUUUUCAUGCUUGGGGUUGAAAUCACCUUCCUGAAAUACCAUUGCUGCCUGUGUAGAGGUCUCUUCUCAUUCUGUGAGUGGAGGCUGCAGCUCAGCUUGUGCCCUGACAAGGUGAGGGACACAGCUGCUCCUGCCCUCUCAGUUGUGGCCAAGAUCCCCUGCUGCGAUGGGACACCAGGGCAUACAGGAACGGCCUGUACUACCUCAUGCCACCAUCACUGAGAAUGGCCUUCAGGAGGCAUUUCUCAAUCCCUUUAGUCUGGCACAUCACAGGGUUUCCAGGGUCGCCCUUUGGGAGAAAAAGCAAGGUUGUGUCACGGCAGCCCCACUGCUCUCACAUCCCAUGGAAUUCAGUGGAACCCGCAAUUCCUUAUUCUUUGCUCUGUAUCCAGAUGGAGUUUUGCAUCCUUGGUAGAUUCUUCCAUAUGAAAGACAAGGUUGUUUCAAACUUGGGGUUGUAUUGCACACUGUGUGUUGUGUAAAAGUAAGAUAGGUAGGUGGCAGCUGGGUUCUGGGCAGGGCAGAGAGCAAGCAGUGUCCGCACGGAGUCCUUGGAGCAGUAGAUGAUGUAUGAGCCAUGGAAGUACAGCAGCAGUGUCAGAGGGGCACCCAGGGCCAGGCUGAUCCACGGCGGCGUGUUACGGUAGCAGCCAUCAAGAAGCAGUUUUGGCAGGCAGGAGAGUGAGAUCUGUCUGGAAAAGCAAACAGCAGUCACUAACAAGGGUCUGCUCGUGUGGUUGUACCAUUCUCUAAGGGGCAAGCAUGCCCUUGGCUAAGGGACAGAUCCAUACUGCAUUUGUUUUUCUAUUAUAAGGAUGAGAACUCAAUUUAUUUCUACCGUGUGCCCUUGCCAAAGGGCUCUGUGUUUAUGUGCUUCGUAACAGAACAAUUAAAAACACCGUUAAUGCUAAAAUCUUACCAGGCUUGCACAGAAAGGAGAAAGAAGGGGUCAUCCACACAGAGCCAAUAGUGGCUAAAUUUAGAGGCGUAUCAUAAGAAUGGAAAGACUUUGAAAUUAUUUUUAAAGGCCUGAAAGAGAUGAGAUAGGAAGGAUUACAGAAUACCACAGGUUUUGUGCUCAGAAGCCAUCACUGUUGGAUAGAUCAUUACACGGAGGCAGUCUGCUCUCGGACAAUACUCAAAAGCUUCCAGACCAGCAGCAGGCUCAGUGCAGCUCGGGUGACAGAGCCUGACCUCACUGUGCUGGUUAUGAAACCCUCUGGGCUCUGGUCUCAUUCGCUGAGAAAGAUUUGAUGGGAAGGACGAGUAUAAAUGGCUCAAGGAUCCGGUUGCUGUUUUCUCACCUCGCUGGUGGUUCUUGGCAUUGCAUGAUGCCUCCGGAGAACGAGGAGAUGCUUUCCUGAUGGACUUACAUACAAGGGGUUCUGCAUGCAGGGCUUUUUUCUUUUUUCUAAUUUUUUGGUGACAGACAUGAAGGAUGCUGUUCACCAUACAUAAGGAAUUCCAUUGCCAAACAGCACUUCAUUCUGAAGCCAGCAUUCGCGGUCCUGCCUGUCUGUCUUAGGCCAGAAAGUCAAAAUAGAUGGUUUUAACCAUUAGCCUUAAACUACAGACUGAGGGCACUGAAAACAAGCAACUCAUUUAUCUUCUCCUUUUGGGAUGCCAUGAAAAUCACUACAGCCAUUUAGAAUCUUUGAAUUUAUUUGGCAUAGAAUUUAUUUGGCUUCCUAUUUAGGUAGCCCUGGGAGCUUAAUUUUAUGUAUUGCUUUUCCAAGCUUGGCAGAAGAGGCAGACAGCAGGUCUAUGUUUGUGGCUUUGCAGUCACUGGCAGAGCAUCACAGAUGUUUUCUGUCCGAGCACAUAAAAGGCUCAGCAUUGACUGUGGUUGGGCAGUAAAACAGCAGCAGUAACAAGUUGUGUCCUGCUCAGUGGCUGCCAAUGGGCGACAGGUGACUGUCUCUCUCCUGGAGGCUUUUGGACUAAAGAACAUGAUCACUCCAUACUAUGCUGAAUCUGCUUGUGAAACACUGUAAGAACAGCCUCGCAGAGGCACUGGUGAAAAGAAAGAUAUUCUGCCUGUUUAUAGGUGUCAAUACGAUCCAGAUUCCAGUGGAUCUCAGCAAUGUUUUGGGACCUUCCUCCUUCCCAGCCAGGGCCUGGGGAUGCUAACAGCCUGGGCUUCCUGGGCCUUGCCUACAUUCUGGGGAAAGGAGAAGCACUGGUGUCAUAGGAAGCAUUCUUUGAUGGGGAGUACUGACUCAUGCCCUCUGUUUCCUGCAGUGGAACAUCCCGAUUCCUUCCCUCCCUCAAGAAGAGCCAAGGUUCAGCUUAGUGGGACCAGAGUGCUAUUUCUGAAGAGCCCAUUCCCAGCAGCACAAACUACAUGCCUACAGAAAGUUUGAAGCUUUUAACGUAAUAAAGUCAUUUCAUGUCUGUCUGCA